GAAGUAGAGCGUGCAACAACCCUCCUCAGGUCAAUUGCCAAAGGAAACAGAAUUAUUUGGGUCGAAACAUCCGAGGAUAAUCUCGUCUUCCAAGGAUUAUUGUCUCACGAGGACUUUGGUAGAGAAAUCACUGGUCGCGUUGUGAAGGACACGUUCCGAUAUGGAAAAUAUUUCUACAUUGAGCUCGAAGGUGCAGGAAAGAUGCCCCUGCUUCACUUUGGGAUGACUGGGAUGCUACAUGUGAGAGGCCAGCCUACCCUUCAGUACAGGACGAAAAUCCGUGAGAGCCCUGACAUAUGGCCCCCUAAAUUCAUGAAGUUCAUCUUGCACAUCGAGGGUAAGACGCCGGGCACCGUAACUGAAUUGGCUUUUUCCGAUGCACGUCGUCUGGGGCGCGUUCGUCUUGCUAUGAACCCCGGACAAGAACCGCCUAUAUCUGAACUCGGCUUUGAUCCAAUUGUAUCCAUGCCUCCGCUGUGGGAAUUCCAGACCCUCGUCCUGAAAAGAUCGUGUCCAAUUAAGGCUCUGCUAUUAGACCAAUCCUUCAGUGCAGGCGUCGGAAACUACCUUGCUGAUGAAAUAUUAUAUCAGGCAAAGGUUCACCCCGAACAACGGUGCAAUACUUUACAACAAACUCAAGUCGAAGCUUUGCACCGUGAAGUGGCUGAUGUUUGUCGAAUAGCUGUAGAAGCCAAUGCAGACGACGACAAAUACCCCAGCCAUUGGAUCUUCAAACAUCGCUGGGGGAAAGGUAAGAAAGUGAAGCAAUCUAUGAUGCUGCCUUCGGGGGAGCCUGCGACUGUCAAGUGGAUCACUGUUGGUGGUCGUACCUCUGCUUUUGUAGCUGAGGUCCAAUGCCUUCCGCAUAAAGGGAAGAUUGAGACUAUCACUGAGGACGAGAGUGAUUUGACUCCUCUUUCUUCAGACCAUGACAACAAUCCCGCAGCUUCACCGCGCAAGCGUAAAGUAAGAAUUUCAACCCUGCAAUUUUCGGCGCUCAAUUGCAUUUUACAGGUCAAGUCCGAGAACACCAGAAGAAAGAGUAUAGCUAUUGCACAUACAGGAGAGCCUCACCGCGAGAAGCGUCCUCGCCUCAAAAGGCACUGA